AUGCAAGUGGCCACGUUACUGACGCAUUUUGAUGAAGAAGCGUACAUACUCAUUAGAAGUUUGUGUGCGCCUGAAAAGCCAGCUACAAAGAAAUUCGUCGACAUAGUGAAAAUAAUGACAGAACACCUCAACCCUAAGCCAUCGGAGUUGAAGGUAGCCCUGCGUGACCAAUUAGUGUGUGGCAUACACGACGAGUCGACGAGGGUCGAGUUAUUCAAAUUGACGGAUCUUACCUUCGACAAAGCGCUCAAAGAAGCAACGGCUCGAGAAAGUGCAACGAAAAAUGCUGCGGGAGUAGUGAAAACUUUGGCGAGCAAAGAUCAAAGAGAGGAGGUACUUGCUAUGAAUCGUACGGAAAAAACUGACAAAGGGCAACCCCAAAGUCGAUACAAAAAAAACCAACAAUCCAGGGUCAUCUGGAGGGUGCCUGUUUUAAAAAGAAGAGCCAGCAACAGAUUUUUGCGUGCAUCGAAGGACAAGGGGGAAGGCAGCAGCAGUUCAACGCACGACCAAUUAUACGAUUUUCACUCACUACGGGCGAAAGAUGACGAAAACGCUUGUAACUUCCCAAAUAAUAUAAAGGCGGAUCCACUGUACAUCAAGGUUGAACUAAAUAGUAAAACAGUGUCAAUGAAGGUAGAUUCAGGUACGUACUAUGCAGUAAUGUCAGAAGCGUUCAAAAAUAAAAAUUUCAGAAAUUGGAAAAUUGAUAAAUGUUGCACGAAUGUAUACGGUUACGUACAAAACGCGAUGACGCCGAUUGGACAACCAAAGAAUUUGAAAGUGAACUUAAAUAAUCCAAUGAAAACAUUCAGUUGCCCAUUGCUUAAAGGGAAUGGCCCGCCACUGAUUGGUAGACAGUGGCUGGCAGAGUUCGGUGUAUGGCCUAAUUUGUCAGACAUUGCUGCAUUAAGCGAUACCAAUAAAAUGUUAAACCUGAAUGUGAACGAUGUAAGAGAAAAAAUGGUAUCGGAAUUUAAUGUUUUGUUCGGAGGCACGACUGGCCUGUAUAAUAAACGGGAAAUUAAGUUACACGUAAACGGAAAUACGAAACCGGUCGCGUUGAGGGCAAGACACGUGCCAUACACGCUUAAAAUUAAAGUAGAGAACGAGAUUGAACGUUUGGAAAAGUUAAGUCAUUUAAAAAAAGUGGAAUCAAGCGAGUGGGCCAUGCCAAUAGUCCUCGUGCUAGAAAGUAAUGGUGAAGUAAGAAUUUGCGGUGAUUUCAAAAUAACGGUCAACCCGAACUUGCACGUCAUCAAACGACCGUUUCCGCGUAUUGACGAUAUUUUUCAAGUUUUACAAAAAGGGUCAUCUUUUUCGCAACUAGACCUACCGCACGCCUACAUGCAGAUUCCGGUUGACAAAAAAUCACAAGAAUUAUUAACGAUUACGACUCACGUCGGUUUUUUCCGGUACACGAAAAUGACAGCGGGCACGGCGCCAGCCCCAGGUGAAUUUCAGCAAAUAAUGGAUGAGUGUUUGCAGGGUAUUCCAAACACCAUUGGUUACCUAGACAAUAGUUUUUUAACCUUCCGCACGGAUAAACAACACCUUGAAAAUUUGCGUAAAGUAUGUAAACAAUUAGAGGAGCGCGGGCUGAGAUUGAAUAGAGGAAAAUGUGAUUUUAUGAAAGAGCGUAUUAAAGUCUUAGGUUCUGUGAUUGAUGCGGCCGGCCUACACAAGGCGAGAUCAAAGGUAAAAGCAAUGGUCGAAGCACCAAGACCAACAAACAGCAAACAACUUGCCUCAUUUCUUGGACUAAUUAAUUUUUACGCAAGAUUUUUGAUGGAUAGAUCUGAAAAACUGAAGCUACUCUUUGACGGUGCGCGCAGAAAAAAAUUUGUAUGGACCAAGGAAUGUGAGGAGGCUUCUCACUAA